GGGGCUGCAGAGCCAGCCCUGCUGCCCUGUCCUCAGAGAGCUGAAGACACCAUCUCCACUAAGAGUCAUGGCCCAGUUGGCCCUGCGCCUCCUCACCCUAGUGCCAAUCCUCCUCAGUCUGGCAGCCUCCCUGGACUGGAAGGUGGCCUUCAGCCAGGACCCCUUUGAGAAAUGCAUGCAUGAUCCUGACUAUGAGCAGCUGCUCAAGGUGGUGACCUUGGGCCUCAAUCGAACCUUAAGACCUCAGAAGGUGAUCGUGGUUGGUGCUGGUGUGGCUGGGCUGGUGGCUGCCAAGGUGCUCAGUGAUGCUGGACACAAGGUCACCAUUCUGGAGGCAGAUAACAGAAUUGGGGGCCGCAUCUUCACCUUCCGGGACCGGAAGACAGGCUGGAUUGGGGAACUGGGAGCUAUGCGCAUGCCCAACUCCCACAGGAUCCUUCAUGAGCUUUGCAAGAGCCUGGGACUCAAUCUGACAAAAUUUACCCAAUACGAUGAGAACACGUGGACAGAAGUGAAUGACAUGAAGCUGCGGAACUAUGUGGUAGAGAAGAUGCCCGAGAAGCUGGGCUACAACCUGCGCCCCAGGGAGAAGGGUCACUCACCUGAAGAAAUCUACCAGAUGGCUCUCCACAAAGCCCUGAAAGAAGUCAUGGUGCUGGGCUGCAAAAAGGCAAUGAAGAGGUUUGAAAGGCUCACACUUCUGGAAUACCUCGUCUGGGAGAGCAACCUGAGCCAGUCGGCCGUGCAGCUUCUGGGAGACGUGAUGUCCAAGGACGGAUUCUUCCACCUCGGCUUCACCGAGGCCUUGAGGGCACACAGCUGUCUCAGCGACCGGCUCCGGUACAGCCGCAUCGUGGGCGGCUGGGACCUGUUGCCGCGCGCGCUGUUGAGCUCGCUGUCCCAGCCAGUGCUGCUGAACGCUCCAGUCAUGGCGGUAACUCAGGGCAUGCACGAGGUGCACGUGCACAUUGCGACCUCGCACCCAUCGCGGAAUCCGAAGGAGCUGACCGCAGAUGUAGUGCUGCUGACCACGAGUGGGCCCGCACUGCAGCGUAUCACCUUCUCACCGCCGCUGUCGCGCAAGCGGCAGGAGGCGCUACGCCAACUACACUAUGUGCCCGCCACCAAGGUGUUCCUUAGCUUCCGUCGGCCCUUCUGGCACGACGAACAUAUCGAGGGCGGCCACUCGAACACCGACCGCCCAUCGCGUCAGAUACUCUACCCGGCACCAGAUGAGGGCGCGCUGCUGCUGGCCUCUUACACGUGGGCAGACUCCGCGGCCCCGUUCGCGGGUCUGAGCCAGAAUGAUGCCAUGCGCUUGGCACUCAACGAUUUGGCGUCGUUGCACGGGCCCCUUGUGUACCGGCUCUGGGACGGCAGCGGUGUCGUUAAGCGCUGGGAGGAUGACCCACAUAGCCAGGGUGGCUUCGUGGUGCAGCCGCCGUUUCUCUGGCAAACUGAUCAGGACAAUGGGCAGGACUACGACUGGGUGGUCCCCUAUGGCCGCAUCUACUUCGCCGGGGAGCACACUGCCCACCCGCACGGCUGGGUGGAGACGGCUGUCAAGUCGGCUCUGCGGGCUGCCAUAAAAAUCAACACCCGGGAAUGGGCCGGGCACGUGGAUACGACCCACGAGGGGCGCACAGAUACGGUCCACGAGGGGCACGUGGACCACGAGGGGCACGUGGUCCACGAGGGGCACGUGGUCCACGAGGUCCACGAUGGGCACGUGGUCCACGAGAUCCACGAUGGGCACGUGGUCCACGAGGUCCACGAUGGGCACGUGGUCCACGAGGUCCACGAUGGGCACGUGGUCCACGAGGUCCACGAGGGGCACGUGGACCACGAGGGGCACGUGAUCCACGAGGGGCACGUGGAUCACGAGGGGCACGUGGUCCACGAGGGGCACGUGGAUCACGAGGGACACGUGACUCACGAGGGGCACGUGACUCCUGAGGGGCACGUGACUCACGAGGGGCACGUGGCUCACGAGGGGCACAUGGACCACGUGGAUACGAUCCACGAGAGGCAGGGGGAUGUCCCAGAGGAGACCGGCUAUGUCCCAUGCAAAGAGGGAAAGGGAGAAGCCAGCCACCGUGCAGCCCAUCGCCUCCCAUCUGUCCGGCACACCACCCACGUUAGGGUUUCAAAUUAAAAGUAUUUUCCGGAAAAGUCACGUGGUCCAGC